AGAAGUGACACAUGAGUUUGAUUAAGGGUUCGUUUCAGAUGGCAAACAGUGAUGUUUACUAUUCAUAACUUAUUCUUUUGAGCAUUUCUUUGACAUUGAGCAUAUUUCUACAUUUCAAGUUUGUGGGAAAUCCAUUUCAGCGCAUCUUGCAUUGACGAGACAUUUCACCCUCCGCAAUCUGUUUGGGAUCUGACUCGUCUGUUAACCAAAAAUGAGCAACACAAAACUAUACGGAUUUAAUAGCUAUUCUCUCCCUUACCAUGUGAUGCCAUUGGACCUCACCAUGCAUAUGCAGAUAAGCCCACCAGAGUCUCAGCUCCUUGGCAUGUCUACACUCAGGUCCUUUCCACCCAAGGACAUGAGUGUGUCCUCACAGGAGCUUCAUCUAGCCAGAUCUUUAACUCCAUCACCUACAUCUUCCCUGUCCUCAUACAGCUCCGGCAGCUCUCACUCCUCGUAUUCUUCUGGCAGAAGCACACCACGCAAGAAGAAGAACGUGGUGUUUGCUGAUGCUAAGGGUCUCCCUCUCACAUCCGUACGCGUCUUCAUCACUGACCCUUCAGAGACUGAAACGGAAGAUAUUCCACAGUCUGAGGAGAGGCUGAAGGUCAGGUCAUCCAAGCAGAGUGGGAGACUGCGACUGAAGCUCGGCUUUCCACAGCCAAUUGUUGACCGUCAAAGCUUGCAGGAAACUCUAGUGCAACUAGAGAGCUGUACUGUGACUGAGAGGGCUCUGAGUGGUAUGGUACAGGUCUGCAACCUUAAGUUUGAUAAGGUUGUCUUUGUUCGCAUAACUUUUAACUCAUGGCGAAGCCAUCAAGAUAUCCCCUGCACGUCUGUGAGAGAACCACACGCAGCUUUGGAGACAGACUUAUUUGCCUUUAAUGUGUCCCUACCAUCCGUGCUGGACCCAAAAGAGUGUCUGGAGUUCUUUGUGGUAUUCCGACCUGGAAAUAGCAACUUGCAGCUCCUGGAUAACAACAAAGGUAAAAACUACCAGAUCUAUGUUGAAAUCAUGAAGCCGGAACCUCAAUUGGUGCAGACGGCAAGCAGACGGAACUUCGUUACACCAAGUCCUCAACGCCUUUCAGCGUGGCCUGGAGACAGAGGUCACAAUGUACCUAGGAUAAACUAUUUAGCAUGCAAAAGCCCCCCCACCUUAAAUAGAACCUGGGGAAGAAUGGUAAAUGUAGCUCCAUUGUGUUGAGAUGUGUGGUCCACAUAUCUACUUGAACUAUUUUAGCACGCCACUGUAGUAGUUAUAGAUGCAACAAAGAACAUGGAGAAUGGCUGAAAAAUACAUCCCAAAUCUGCACUUGAAUUGACUUUAAUUAAUUAUGAAUGGACUAACGCCAUCUUCUCAUCUUGUGUUUGAUAGUUUGCACAUAGUGUUGAAGAAGUAAAAUGUGAAUGUUUACUAUGAUAUUUAUAUUAUGAUGCAUUUUUGUAAGUCAGUUUUAAUUUGCACAUUUGACAUUUCUUCUGUAAUUACAGUUUUCUCAAUCGCUUUGGCUCAUUUUUUGAAAAAGUCUUAGCAUUCUCUAAACUGUAAGUGCAAUUGUCAGCUGUUUUAUGGGACAUCACAACUCUGUUGCAUGUCUGCAAAAUGUAGUAACUCACCCAAAACAUUUAUUUAAUGCUUCAAAACCUAGUUAAUGUGUCAGUAAAUUGGCCAAUGCCACCAUAAUGAAAUGUUUUUUUGUCAUCAUGUGAGCCGUACUGGUCAACAUGUUUAGAUGUUUUUUCACCAUGGCAGUCAACCCUGGAAAUGUUUGUUAUAUACAAAUUUCAACAAACUUUUUUUGUUGACACUGACUGCUUACUGUACUAUACAAGAAUGUCAGUUUUGUCUAGCUGAAUGCUAUUGUGCAUCACACUGAGCUUUUUAGAUACCGAUUUCAACAGUAGGUAAAAGUUUACUGGGAAAAGUCAAUACUGUACAAUACUGUAGUACACAGAAAAAGGAUAUGCACAUAUGUAUGUAUACAGUAAAUUUAUUUUUGUAGCAAUGUAUUACAUGUAAACA